AAAAACAAAAACCAUUCAGGUUAUUGGGUCGGAGACAAAAACCGAUCUACUGAUGUAUCAAAAAGAGAUUUAAUGGGUCUUUACGAACCCGCCGCGUGUUAAGACCGGCGCGCAAGACUGGAGACCUUUAUGUCAACGAGCAGCCCUUCACUUCUCUCUCUACAAGCGGCUCUUUCUCUCUCUAGACAUUUGCUGCAGAUACAUACCGUACAAGGGGUUUGACGUGAUCCAUGGUAUUGGUGGAAAGUAGCAGACUUCUCUCAUGACUUGUUUUACUUUCUGUUUCAGAAAGAAGGAAGCUUACCCAACUAAACGAACGAUAGACAUCAAAGAAGAGGUUUCAGGCAUUCAGAAUGUUAUACUGUACACUCAUAAAGAAAUGCGAAUAGCAACUGAAGAUUUUAGUCCGGCUAAUAAAAUUGGGGAGGGAGGUUUUGGUUCUGUCUACAAGGUAAUUGGAAAGCUCAAAGAUGGCACUGUGGUUGCUUUAAAGGUGCUUUCUGCUGAGUCAAGGCAGGGGUCACGGGAGUUCUUAACAGAGGUUAAUGUGAUCUCAAAUGUUGAGCAUGAAAAUCUGGUGAAAUUGUAUGGUUGUUGUGUGGAAGGGAGUCACAGAAUUUUGGUAUAUGGCUAUCUAGAAAACAAUAGCCUCGAUCAAAUUCUUCAUGGAGGAAGCCACAGUAGCAUUCAGUUUAGCUGGAAAACGCGGUGUAAAAUUUGCACUGGGGUUGCUCGGGGGCUUGCAUUUCUUCACGAGGAGGUUCGGCCACAUAUUGUUCAUAGAGACAUUAAAGCAAGCAAUGUCCUCCUUGACCAAGACCUCACACCCAAGAUUUCAGAUUUCGGUCUCGCAAAGCUUUUCCCGGACAACCAGACUCAUAUAAGUACACGUGUUGCAGGAACUUUUGGUUAUUUGGCUCCUGAGUAUGCGCUACGAGGCCAGUUGACGAAGAAAGCAGAUAUUUACAGUUUUGGUGUUCUCCUCUUGGAAAUUGUCAGUGGGAGAUGCAACACAAACAAGCGGUUACCUGUUGAAGAACAAUAUCUUCUUGAAAGGAUAUGGGAACUGCACGAGCAAGGAGAGCUGCUGGCGAUGGUGGACACGUCAUUGGAAGGGGAUUUCGAUGACAAUGAGGCUUUAAGAUUCUUGAAGAUUGGUCUCCUUUGCACCCAAGAUAUGCCAAAGCUCCGGCCGUCGAUGUCUACUGUGGUGAAGAUGCUUACAGGUGAGAUGGAUGUGGACAAGCAGAAGAUAUCAAGACCAGGCCUAAUGUCUGAUUUAAUGGGUCUCAGAAAAAAUAAGAAUACAUCGGACACAUUAUUUGGUAACUCAAGCAAACAGGAUAAUAUGUCAUCACCCGAGAACACGACUGGGUCAUGUGCUACCAUGACCUUCACUUCAAUAGAUGAGCGAAGUGUUUGACCAGUCCCAUGAGAGGUUCUUGCCCAAAUCUAUCAUCUCUACUGGAGUGCAACACUCAAGCUGGUUGUGUAAGAUCAUUUCAAUGUUUAUGUAAAAUGAAUUCAAUUUUUCCCCAUCUCAUUUGUUGUUCCAGCUGUCAUUAUUGUUAAUUGUUGCAUUCAAGAUAAUGGAAUUGUGCAGAAUAUGAUCCCUUUACAGAAUGGGACAAUAUAAUUGACACUGGAAAGUACCUGAUUAUAUACGCAUAGUUUAUGCAUACAAAGCUUAAUCAUUACAAAAUCACCUAUGGAUGUCAUAUCUCAAAUGAGUUUGAAGCUGGCUGACUUGCACUAUGAAGGAGAGUGUAUUACAAUGCAAAGUUCAGUAAAGGCAUAAUUUUUCUGUUUAAUAGAGUUUUAAUUAAUAUAAAACAUAGGAGGUCAUGGAAAAAUAUCAUCUAUCCUUUUGAACUAAUAACAUAUGUGUGUAUUAUUAUUCAUCAAUAUUAUAUAUUUUUCAUUUUUUUGGUGAAAUAGAUAGAAACAAACCAAAAACUAGAUACAAGUUGUUGCUCCCAUCAUCUGCUGCAAGAAGAUGGCAGAGGCCAUUGGGACCAAUUGUCAAGGAUUCAGACACAACCUGUAAUAGUAUGGUCUUCAUUUGCUGGGUAGUCAGCAAAAUUUGUUUCCUCUUGCAUAGUAAGCUGCAUUCUAUAUUCCCAUGGCUUUUUGAGUAGCAUUCUGUAAUCUUCAAUGAUUCCCAAAAGGAGACGUUUAACAGGGUUGCUUGCCCUUGUACUUUUUGGGUAAUAUUCACAAUCUUCUUUUUUUUGGCACUGUUUAAAAGAUAUGUGCAUAUCUGUAUAUAGGUCUUGCUUUUCGCAUCCAUCUGGCAAUCAAGUUAUUCCUGAGAAACUGCAGUGUCUGAAAUUGAGAAUCCUCUUUACCAAGUUGUGUUAUUCCUGUUUGUUCAAUUGAAAUGGUCAGUGUGUUUCAUCUGUGAUAAUUGUAUGGCAUGUUUAUCAAUGUUUUCGUGUAGCUCUUAUUAGAUAUGAGGGAUAUCUUGAUUUUGGGGUCUGACUAUGGAGGCUCCAACCAUGUAAUAAUGCCUGCAGUUUUGGAUGUAGAGCGUAUCUUCUCUGUUAUUGAUCUGUAUUGCGGUGAUCUGUUUUGUCCAUAGCCUAUAUGUCGAAUUGGUUUAUACUUUGAACUGCUUUGUGUUCCUUGUUUGUUGGAGACGGCCAAAACAAACAUUAGUAUAAGAAUAGAUUUACCACUGUUUUGGUCCAGUGUAAAAAUUCUGUAUAAUGCCAAACUAAGAUGAAUUCACAUUAAUAGAAGCCAAAAUGUACUUCAUAUUUCACUUUUUUCCCAUUUGUUUAUAGGAUCAUGCUUUAGAUGGAUGAUUUUAUAUUUUGGAAAAAAAAAAAAAAAAACAA